AACGAUCGUAUGCUCAUAAUAUAAAAGAUGGCGGUUUUGAUAGCGAGAGAUCAUACAACUUUCCCUUUCAAGCUAUGAUAGUUAACUAAUCUUUACUCUUUGAUCGCAUACCCAUGCGGAGAGCUAUUAUUCUUGUCGUUUUGUUGUUUGCGUCUUUGUCCUUCUUGCUUCUUCAAAUCAUCUCGAUAAAAGGUCUAGACGAACAGAGAUCAUGGACUGCCAAAUUAGGGAAAGCCGUGAGAUUUGGUUUGGAAAAUAAGAAAGAAAGUCCGGCAUGGAAAAACCUCAACACCAUUUCCCAAAUAUUGGACGAGUUCAACCUCAGGGCAUUUUUGCUAGAGCCAGAUAUCUUACAAGACCUGGUGAUUGAAGAAAUAUCAGGUAACACCUCAUCUAUCUGGUAUUUUGCACCUCGGUUUCUAAAGUCAAACUGCCGCUAUGUUUGUGGAAAACCCAGGAUACUUCUUGGUGUGUUUGAUGAUCAAUGGACUGACAUGAGGGAUAAUUUUGAAGUUGUGCUUAUAAAAGAAGGAUUUAACAGCAAGUGUUGCAAGAAUCAAGACCCUAGACUCAUCACAGUGGACAAGACCAUCCACCAUUCCAUUGAUUUUCAUUGCUCCUUCACCAAAGAUGGAAACACAAUAGACUUUGUAGUUUUCUACAAAAGACAAGAAUUCUUGUGGCAUGGCUCAGUAUCAGAAAUAAAUAAUAAGAUUGAGAAACCAGGACUUGCAUUUGGUAAAACUGCAGCGGCAUAUAGUAGGUUUGAACUCAAGAAGAAAAGCAUUGAUGGCAUCAAAAUGCUGAUCCCCAAACAACCAAACACUUUCCUCUUUGAGAUGAAAACUUCUAGAUUUCUAGAAUGUAACGUUAAGCAGGCUCAGACAUUUUAUUCCAAUUAUGGAGAAGAAUUGAGCGAAGAGGCUGAGCAAUUUACAACAGUAGCAAGAAAUAUUUUAGAAAUAGCCAAAAGAGCCUUGGAUGCAUUGGGUAUUCGCUUCUGGUUGAGCAGUGGAACGUGUUUAGGAUGGUUUCGGCAAUGUGGUGUUAUACCAUAUAGUAAAGAUGUUGAUAUAGGAAUCUGGAUAAAAGACUAUGAUUCCAGGCUUAUUGAGAGGUUUGAAAGAUAUGGCCUUACAUUAAAGCAUAAAUUUGGAAAGGUUGAAGACAGUUUUGAGCUUUCUUUUAAACCAAGAAUGGAUAAUGUCAAGCUGGAUAUUUUCUUCUUCUAUGAAGAGACUGACCACAUGUGGAACGGAGGAACUCAAGCAAGAACAGGAAAAAAGUUCAAAUAUAUAUUUCCAAAGUUUACACUAUGUUGGACCGAGUUCCUUAAACUAAAAGUCCGUGUUCCAUGCGAAACUCAGUCUUACAUCGAAGCAAACUAUGGCUAUAACUGGAAUACACCGGUCAAAACCUGGGACUGGAAGGCCAGCCCGGCCAAUGUUCACCCAAACGGAGAGUGGGAUAAGAAAGACUGGGGAGAGGUGAUCCAAUUAUUAUGAAAAGGAAACGGUUUAUUCGAACGAAGGGGUCAAGUCUGAUCCUCUUUGAUGGAACAAAUAAGAAUCAAAUUAAUACGUAAAUUAAUAAAAUACUCUAUUGUCGUGUGGUCUCCAUAAACCCGCGAAAUAGUCAAAGUGCAAUAAUGUGUGAUGACGUUAAAAAUAAAUAGUAAUAAAGUGUAAAUCGCGGGUUUAUGAAAGCCACUUCAGAUUAAAUCUCGAUAUUUAUAUUGCACGAAGCGUACUUCAACAGCAGUCCUUGCAGGGACAAUUUAAUUUAUGUCACUGUCAACUGUAUUUUUUUUUUCUUUGAUGUCCCUGCAGUUCGUCUGUUUGAAGUCAGUUCUAAAACGUCUCAAUCUUUAAGAAACACACGUAUUUAUAUAGCUAUAGUUAGGGAUUUUUACAGUUCACUUUACAGACACGCAGAAAAAGGAAAACAAUCGUUUUAAAGUUUACAAAUCAGGGAGGCACGAAUUCACGAAACACUAUUCAUGGGUAAGGUUGGUCAAGGGUAUGGUCAGAUAGAGUGAAGACACUAAACCCGUGAAAUAAAGUGUGUCGGUUUGAUAUACAGUUCACGGUAUGUUUCCAUAGGUUAUUUGACUUCCUUCCUUGACGUCUGAUGUAAUUGGGAUCAAUUUUUAAAACAUUAUUUACGAAAAUAAUAAGUGUUUUUGAUAUCGUAUAUAAAUACCAAUCAAUAAGAUUAAAUGCUUUUUUAAAUUUUAAUCAAUUAUGUAUAUAUUUACUGAAUACAUGCACUAAACAUUUAAUAUUGUUUUGAACUUCAAUAUUUGCAAUAAAUCACUACCCUAAAGCUCUUUAACAUAUCAAUCGAUUUACUCACAUAUCAAAAACACAAAAAGAACUUAUUCAUUUUGUCAAUUAAUGCAUAUAAUUUAUUAUGUUAUUCACAACUACAAGUCGAGACGGGCGGUAGUCAGAAACCCAUGAGUUCUGACAAUAGACACUUAUAAGAUUGCUUCUUAAACGGCAUGGGCGACUUUGCGUCAACUGAACUGCAGUUUGUUGUUGUUGUUGUAGUUGUUGCUGGUGCUGUUGUUACUGCUGUCCAUGGUUAAUGCUAGUGCUGCUCAAGUUGUUGUGGGCAUCACUGUUGAAGCAAUCUUGCUAUCUAGUUUGCUGCAGUUUACAUUGGUUUUGUUAUUUGCCAUAGUUCGCAGUAAUGUUUCCAACGUUUUGCACUUAUAAGUAUUCAAUUGAAAAGUCUGUUUACACUAACUUUACAGUUUCUCGUAUUAGCUAAGUCAACAAGGCGUGAUCCAGCUG